AUGGAGAUUUAUGCAACUGUAGUGCCGAACAUAUGCGAGGAUGUAUUGCCUGUGCUGCGUUUAAUAAAACAAUCAAACAAAAAUAUGGCUGUAAGCAUUGUAGCCCAGGAAAAGCUAAUUCCAGGCAUUAAUUUACUGAUUGGUCAAGACAACUACUGGAAAUUUAAUAACAAUAAUCGUGAACUACUUGUAUUAGCAGAAAACUUAGUCGCAGUAGAAACUUUCUUUGGUUGGACAAUACAAGGUCAUUAUGGUGAAGGUCAAGGCGAAUCAAGGUGCGUUUUAAAUAUUCUGGAGCAUUGCGAAACAUUCGACAUUGAACAAUUUUGGAAUUUGGAGAGUAUUGGCAUAGCAUCGUACUCCGAACCACAAGCUGCUGUACAGGCAGCCGACAUACACCAAAUAGGCGGGCGCUACUCAGUGCGCUUACCAUGGAAGCUUCCAAAGGAGGAUUUGCAUGACAAUAAGCAAAAUGCAAAGAAUCGGCUAAGCAGUUUGGGCAAUAAAUUGCUUAAAAAUUCUGAUAAAUUAGAGGAAUACGAUGCUGGCAUCAAAGAGCUAUUGAGAACUGGAGUGGCUGAAGCGGCACCUGCUUUGGGUGAAACCCAGAAGGCAUACUAUAUGCCCCAUCAUCCGGUCUAUCGGCUCGACAAAGCGACAACCAGCGAGCACGGAGCUUCUUCAUUGAAUGAUCAUCUUAGCCCAGGUAUCAAUUUAUUAACAGAUUUAACUGCUGUUUUAAUAAGAUUUCGUUGCUAUAGAAUUGGUAUCGUUGCGGAUAUCGAAAAGGCGUUUCUGCAGAUAUCUAUAGAUGAAUCCGAUCGUGAUUACCACCGGUUCUUUUGGUAUGCAUCAGUAGCAUCUAUUGGCACACCAUAUCCGAAAAUUGCGGAGUAUCGAAUGACACGUGUUACUUUUGGAGUAACAUGCAGCCCAAUUUUAUUGACGUCAACAAUUCAGCAACACUUGCAAAUGCAGGAUCCGGCGCAUGCAGCCAUAUGCCAGAAACUGCAAGGCUCAUUUUAUGUUGACGACUUGGUAACCAGCGUGGCUACAUUAAGGGAUGCAGAGGAUCUUUACUACCAAUCAAAGAUCAUCAUGCAAGGCGCAAGCUUUAACUUGCGAAAAUGGAACUCUAACGAUGCAGAACUUAAAAGGAAAUUUAAAGAAACUGAUAACGUCUCUGAAAACGAGAUCAACGAGGCGCUAUCAUUUUCAGAGCUACAGGCAGCCGAGCUAUAUUGGAUUCGUUUUAUACAAGGAAAAUAA